ACCCGCCAGGUCGCAGCCCCGCGCACCGCCCGCGGCGAACUACACUUCCCGGCAGGACGCGCGCGCGCGCACGCGCACCGGGGCCUCCGCCAUGGCGACUGUGCUGUCCAGGGCGCUCAAGCUCCCGGGGAAAAAGAGCCCAGACCUAGGGGAGUACGAUCCCCUUACACAGGCUGAUAGUGACGAGAGCGAGGAUGAUCUUGUGCUCAACUUGCAGCAGAAGAAUGGAGGGGUUAAAAAUGGAAAGAGCCCUCUGGGAGAAGUGCCAGAGCCUGACUCAGAUGCUGAGGCCGUGGGGGCUGCAAAGCCACAUCUUUCGGAGGUCACCACAGAGGGGUACCCCUCGGAGCCCCUUGGAGGCCUGGAGCAAAAGGCAACCUCUUCCAUCGUGUCUUACGUGCGCACAUCUGUCUUUCUGCUAACUUUGGUCAUCUCCAUGAUCCUGGUGCUCGUAUGUGCUUUCCUGAUCCCCUGUCCCCCUAGAGAUCUGCACAGCACUUGGAGCCACCACCUGAGCCCCCAGGGAGGUGGGGACCUGUCUCCAUUGGAAUUGGCUGAUGUGAAUGGAGAUGGCCUGCGUGAUGUACUUCUCUCCUUUGUAGCUUCAAGGAAUGGGAGUGCAAUCGGUGUCUCAAAGCCAGCUGCCAUUCUUGUGUGCCUUUCGGGGAUGAAUGGCAGCACACUCUGGUCGAGUCCCCUCCCCGAGGAGGCCCGAGAUAUUACAUGUUUGGAUCUGAUGCCAGGAAACGUGGCUGAAACCAUCUGCCUUGUGACAGGGACGCAUAAGAUGUUCAGUGCAUUCAAUGCGACAUCAGGGAAAGCCAUUUGGACUUUAAACCCAAACUAUUUAUCCAAUGGUACCCUGGCUGCCCCAGGGGUGGUGCUGCCGGACUUGGAUGAAGAUGGCGUUAGAGAUCUUGUCAUUCUGGCCAUUGGGGAAUUGCAGCCAGAUCUGUGCUUUCUGCUGGUGUCUGGCCGGACAGGGAGUCCAGUGGGCCGACCUGUGAAGUACAACAUCGUGGGAGUGGGGAAUCUGAUUGGACCUCAGGUUUAUGUCACCACAAAUGGGGCUGUCUACAUCCUGUUUGGCUUUGGAAAUAUCCAAGCUGUCGCCCUGCGGGACAUUUUUGUUCAGGCCCAAAACCGAGACAGCUUACCACCUUCUCUGCAGAUAGAAGAGCCAGAAUGGGAGAAGCGAAGAUCCAUCAACCUGUCUGAGCUCAUUGACAUUUACAGUGAUGGUGUUGAGCUACUCCAGAUGGUGAAGGCACCUGAUUCCAACUGCAGCAACCUCCUGAUUACAACCAGACAAGGGCUUGUCCUGCUUCGGGGGCAAAAUCUUACACGUUCCUGGACAUUAAGCCUGCAUAGCCUGCACAGCCAGCCUACUCCCGGAUAUUUCACUGAUGAUCAGACCUUAGACUUCUUCCUCCAGAUACAGGAUGGAGUUGGGAUGAAAAAGAUGAUGGUGGUGGACGGGGACUUGGGCUCCAUUACCUGGAGUUACAGCGUUCCUUGUCACAUGAAAGAGACGCCAACCACCUCAGCAGUUACUUCAGACCAGAAAUCUGUCUUCCUCUUCUGGGCUGAAGGGAUGUCCACUGUAUCUCCCAGUUCUGAUGUCAUCCCAGGAACUGGGCCACCUAGCCUUCACCACCUUUACCUCCUGCAUCCAGCAUUCCCUUCUAUUCUUCUGGACCUGGCCAAUGCCACAGGCACAGUGACAGCUUCAGAAGUUGGAAUUAACGACCUCUGGAAAGAUGCCUUUUAUGUUACCAGGACAACAGGGCCGAGCUCCGAAGGCCAUCCAGCACCUCUGGUGGUCAGCAAGCUUAGUCUACGGUGGGCGCUGAUGGAAGGCCAGGUGGUCGAACUCGAGGACACCACCCCCAAAAUUGGCCGUGGGGAGCUGCGAAGAUUCCUCUCUAGGAUAAAGUUUGUUGAUCCUCCCCACCAGAUAUAGUCCGAUGGAAUCUUCAGUUUCAGAAGAAAUGAACAGAGUGGUACUGUCUCUCUCCCAUGAGUGUAACGUCAGUUCUUUGGAGAGAAGGAAGACUUCAACCUCAUUUCACCACCUCUGCAUUAUUGUUGCAAAACACUUUGGAGGGCACAUUGGGAGUUCUUUGAUGACAGCACGAUCCAUUUGGCUGGGGUAUCUGACCUACCUUUUCAGUCCCUACAUAAACCCCUCUGGGCACUCCAUGGAUAGUUUGGAAAUGUGAAUAUUAUGUUUUAUUUUUUGUAUGUCUAAUUUAUAAGCUCUUACUAGGGAAUUCUGGUGAAGGUCUUCCCUGGAACAUUUUGUUUUGCGUUAUGCCACAUGUGUGUAUGUAUUGGUAUUGUGAUGACAUUUUCCAGAUGUUCUAAGCUCCAGGGGACCUGAACACCACCACCCCCACCCCAUCCCCCACCCAUUUCUUGUCCUCCUGAAAUACAUCUGGUUGGUUUGGUCGUCUUGAAACUUCCAGGUGCCCUGCCUCUGAUAUUCAGGGCCAUUUGUCCUUUCCCUUCUGUGUUCUCUCACCACCUGUACCUUAGCUUUUUCCCCAGCCAGGCAGCACGGAGACAGACAGUGGGAGCCUCCCUCCUCACGAACUUUCCAACUCUACACACUUGACCAUAACGACCACCACAUUCCUGUCAGAAAGGGAGCUAGAGAAGCACAGUUUAUGACCACCCUCUAACAAGGUCCCCGUUAUUAUGUGGUUUUGAUUGGUCUACCCAUCAUGACCUUUUCCCUGAAGUAACUUCGGAAAUGCUUGUGUGUGUGCUGUCCUUAUGUCUGUGAAGUUGGGGACGAUUCAGGCAGGUAGCCUUAUCCCUGCCUCAUUGCCACUCUGAUUUCCUAGCAAUCUUUAAUUGGCCAUCCUCUGUACUGCCUCCCAUUUGCUCUAUUUUAUUCAGAGAUAUUUUUGCUUUGCUUGCACGAGAGCAGAGUGGUUUCUGGAUUUUUAUUCUUGCUCCUUGAGUCCCGUAUGCAACCACUUUGCCUGCAACAUCUCCUUGUAGAACCUUUGAAGUGCUAUAUUUUGAGAAAAUUCCUACGUGUAAGUACUGUAACUUCUAUCAUUGGUUAAGUUCUUUAGAAUUACCUCCACUGCUUACUUCUGCCUUCUUCCAUAAAUAUUUUACUUCCAUUAAGUUCCUUCCUAAACUUCUGGGUCAUUGUUUAUAUACCAGAAAAUGCCAUGUUAGCCAGUAGAGAACUGCUUUUCUUCUUGAAUAAUUUUGAUCAUACCCGAGUACAACUCAGGUUUUGUCUUUACUUGGGCCAGUAUCUUUUAGCUUGUAUUAAUAGAGGGAGUCCAGAAAAAUUUAGGGAAUAUAGAAAUUUAGGGAUCCCAGAUUUGAAGGGGUAUGUAUUACUUGCCCAGUGGUAGGCAUUAUAACAUAACAGAACAGUGGUAGCAAACAGCAGAUUGGCCUGCCAGGUUUCUGGACAUCCCCUGGCCUCAAGCCCCUGAAAGCAAAUUUGGUUUCAACACUUUGAGAAGCUUGUGUGGGUCUAGCUUUUGUAAACUUGGGGCAACAAUUAGAGGAGACCCGAGAGGAUGGGGAUGAUUCUAGAUUCACUUCUAGAGUCUGAAUCUCUUGGGUAGAAGAGUCUGGGAUCUUGUUUGGCCCAGUAGAGGAUUCUAAGGACUAAUUUUUAGUCGACUGAAUAGCUAAAACUUGACUUGUGCUCCUGUGGCCUGGGCUGAGCCAUCUACACCUAAUCUUCCUUCUUCCCCAUGUUGAGGCUUUCUGGGAAAGCCACUUUAGGUAGAGGAAUAAAAUUCAAAGUCAUUGACUGAGGACCUGGUCUGAGCUGGGGGGGAUCCUUUUGGGUAGGAGAUUGUGUUUAUGCUGGAUGAGUCCCAGAAAUAAGAUGAAGCUAGAAGAAUGUCAGUCACUAAAUUCUUCAUGGUGUGUUAACAACCUAACUUCACAUAGUUUGUUUUGAAUCCCUUUUUGCUAGACAUGGGACAGGCUCUGGGCUUCUCUUCCCUCCUGCAGCCAGGGCAGAGGGUUGAAAUGGUGGCUGAGGACCAAGGAAGCUUCAUCCGAGCAGUGUGGGUGCUAGUCUGUCACGUGUCCCUACACUUCCUUCUCCUUGUAGGCACCCACUCCACCAGACAUCUAAGAUAGGAAGAGCGCCUUCCUUCCCCCCACUCCAGCAAGGCCAGUGUGACUGCUCUAUCCACCCUAGACAGCAUCUUCCCCUCCCCUAGAUGGUCUCUACUCCACUUUCCAGUGUGGUAUGCUGAUAUCAACCCCUUUUGAAUGUGAACUACUACUUUUAUUGCCCAGACUACAGAAGAGCUAGCUGGUAUAUUGUCAGGAAGCACUAUUUAAAAUGUGAAUUGUUGCAGAAUAAAUACUAUGUAUAGGAAACACA